AUGGGCAGGGAGCAAGUGAUGAUCAAGGUCUCAAGUGGACACUCCCUGGAGGGGGACAUAUACCGGAAGACGCCCUCCCUGCACGGAGUGGGGGUGCUCGUCCUCCACCCAUAUGCCUACCUAGGAGGAAGUAUGAGGGACCCCGUGGUCACAGAACUCUUCGGGUGCCUGUGCCGAAGCUCCUGGACAUCAGUCAUCCUGCGAUACAACCAGCGGGGCGUGGGAGCCUCCACGGGCUACCGCCAGCCGCGGGGGUCUGGCGACUUCCAAGAUGUGCUGGACGUGCUGGAUUACCUGGCGGGGACCCUCCCGCCGGGGACAAACAAGCGCCUGGUGGUGGUAAGGUACUCCUGGGGCUGCUGCGUGGCGGCGCAUGCGCUGCGCCACCCGCUCAUCGCCGCAUACGUUGGGGUCUCCUUUCCCCUCAGCGGUCUCAGCAUGAUCCUGGGCACCAAAGGGCACUUUGAGGAGCUGGGCGGGACGCGCCACCUCCCCCGUCUGCUCAUCACCGGGUCUCAGGACCAAUUCAGCGGUGAGGCGCAGCUGAUGCAGAGCUUGACCAAGGCAGGCGGGCGCCUGCUGGAGGACGACGACAGCUUCCAGGUGGUGGCGGCCAUGGCAGAGUAUGUGAAUGACUGGCUGCGGGGCACGCUGGCGGCGGCGAGGGCGGCCGAGGACGGCGCCGCCAUUACGGCGUUUUCACAGGCCGCACGCGCCUGA